CUUGCGUAAUCCUGUUUACUGUGAAUUCAAAGAUUUUGAAGUGCGAAGUGCUUGGCUCGAUGCAAGAAAAACUUUUAUCCAUAGCACCUCUGGUGCUUUUGGCGUUGGCGUGGGGCGCUGAUGCUCAACGCUACUACAAUUAUUACCCCCGCGGUUACGCCGGCCGCAAUUUGUACGAGCACGGACGGUCGAUCUCGGACGAUCUCGUGCGAUGCGGACCGAAUACUUGCGGCGUGGGUGCCCACUGCACGCACGGAAGCGUGCGGCCAGUAUGCGCGUGUCUGCCUGGAUACUCUGGGGAUCCAUUGUCACAGUGCGUUAAGAUCGAGUGUGUUGACAACAGCGAAUGCCGUGGUCAUCAAUCAUGUGUGAACCAGCAUUGCAUAAACCCCUGUGACGGUGCUUGCGGAUCCCAUGCCAAUUGUGAGGUUCGUCAACAUGUACCAGUAUGCUCAUGUCCUCCUGGUUACACCGGCAAUCCUUUCACAGCCUGCAGAAUUGCUGAUCCAGAGGAGGCUUGCCACCCAUCCCCAUGUGGCCUCAACACCAAAUGCCACGUUGCCAACAACCAAGCCAUCUGUACUUGUCUUCCUGGAUACAGAGGUAGCCCUCUCACCGGCUGCAGACACGAAUGCGAAUCUGACAGCGACUGUGGUACGCAACAAUCUUGCCGCGACUUCAAAUGCGUCAGCCCAUGCAGUGACUGUGGUGUUAACGCCGACUGCGAAACUGUAGCUGCCCACCGCGCUGUUUGCAAGUGCCCUAGAGGCUACCAUGGCGAUCCUUACCGUAUCUGUACUGCCGAGUGUACCUCAGACAGCGAGUGCCCCAGCUACAAACCAGCUUGCGUAUAUAACGCGUGUGUCAACCCUUGCACCAACGCUUGCGGUGUGAACGCCGAUUGCAACCUCCGCGGUUUGACACCCGUCUGCUCCUGCCCUAAGACCAUGACCGGUGACCCCUUCACUUUCUGCAGGCCUUUCGAAGCGCGUGACCUUUGUGAGCCGAACCCUUGCGGCGCCAACGCUAAGUGCACCCCUGGCCACGACCGUACUGGUGCUGAACGUCCCGUUUGUACUUGCCCUACUGGAUAUCGUGGAAAUGCUCUCGUCUCUUGCGAAAAGGGCGAGUGUGAACUAGACUCCCAAUGUCCCGAUCACUUGGCGUGCGUUGGCUACGAGUGCGUGGACCCCUGUCUCGGCAACACGCAGUGCGGCUCUGGAGCCGUUUGUAUGGCGCGCCGGCACAUUGCCGUCUGCACAUGUCCUGGAGAUCAUCACGGUGAUGCCCUAGUCAGCUGCUACCACACCAGCUCUGAAGCUGCGUCCGCACGCUACUACAGAUUCAAGCGUAACGGAAACUUUACCGAAGCAGUUGACGAUAAGCCCAGCGAAAUAGCCGCGGAAAGCACAGUUCUCGAUACGACCGUUGCUGCUACGGAAGCGACUGACGUCUAAGAAUAUUCUUGCCUUUAAUCACUGCCUUAAGUAUUAAUGUGCGUUUAACAAAUUCGAUAAAACAUUACAAUAGCAUCCUUUUGAUCGUGUGUUAUCAACUGAUUUAAUAGAAAUUAAAUCACAUUCUUAAUGCAGGAUCAACUGAAAUAAAUAAUUUUUAUAAUUUC